GUAAAGACUCAUGAGAAUAGUUAAGCAGCUUUAAGUGUAUCAACGUACAUAACCAGCUUCUUAUCUCCUCUUGAAUAACAUCUCCAUUAAAACAGUUACACAAUAACGUGAUUGUAAAUGAAAAACUAUAAUAUACCAUAAUAAACCCGCAUGAGUAACUCUCACCAUAACAGAAACGUAACUUACGUUUGUUUAUAAAACUUCCCACGCAUCACUUGGAUCGGAAUUCGUCCUAGAAUAAUAUCUAUCUAUACAGCAAUUAUUUCAAAUAUGUAUAAACAGGUAUAACAAUCGAUAUAACUAUUAUAAUAAAAAGAUGGUAUUGUUAUUAUAAUAUCGAAAAGAAAAAAUGAUGUAAAAAACGCGGACCAAUCGCCGUUGAGUUGUAGUUUGUUUACGAUCGUCGAGAUUCCGAAGUAAACCGAACAAUUCCGAACGUAACUGACUCGGCUGUGGCACUCGGGCGCAGGUCGCGAUGACUCUAGCGAGGAAUACACGGAUACGGUGUAAGGGGAAAGUACAUCAUGUCCUCCAAUAUUUUGGAGGGGCGGUGUGUGAGUGUCGCACCGCCAUGUCUCACCACAGCGACGAGCAGGCGCUCCUCACGGUCGCCUCCGACUCUUUCUGGGAGCCUGGUAAUUAUAAACGGACCACACGACGAAUUGACGAUGGACACCGGCUCUGUGGUGAACUACAAGCCCUCGUGCAAGAGAGAGCAGAUAUUGAAAAGACAUACGCCAAAAGUUUGAGAGGAUGGGCGAAGAAAUGGAACGACCUCAUUGAGAAAGGCCCCGAAUAUGGCACAAUGGAAGCUGCAUGGAAAGGAGGUAUGGUUGAGGCGGAGCGUCUCUCAGAUCUACACCUGAGCGUCCGCGACCGGCUCGUCAAUGACGUCAUGGCGCAAAUCAAGAACUGGCAGAAAGACACCUAUCAUAAGUCGAUGAUCCAGUUAAAAGAACGAAAAGAAAUGGACGAGGCUUUCAAGAAGGCACAGAAACCCUGGGCGAAGUUACUGCAGAAGGUGGAACGCACACGGCUGGAGUACCACACCGCUUGCAAACAGGAAAGAACAGCACAGAACCAGGAAAGGAAUGCCAGUGGAGACAGCUCGCUUAGUCCAGAUCAGGUAAAGAAAAUGGCGGAACGUGUGGCCAAAUGUCGUGAGGAAGUCGCGAAGAGCAGAGAAAAGUACCAAUCGGCAUUAGCGGAGAUCACGGCGUACAACCCCCGCUACAUUGAAGAUAUGACCGGAGUCUUCGAGCGCUGCCAACAGAUGGAGGCACAGAGGCUCAAAUUCUUCAAAGACGUUCUCUUCAGCUUCCACAAGUGCCUCAAUAUCAGUCAAGAACCUUCAUUACCCCAAAUUUACGAAGAAUUCCAUCAUACGAUAAACAACGCGGACAGUCAGAAGGACCUGAAAUGGUGGGCCAACAACCAUGGCAUCAACAUGGCAAUGGCCUGGCCACAGUUCGAGGAGUACACUGAGGAGUUCCGGGACAUCGCGAAGGGCAAGUCCAAGGAGAGCCUGCCCACCGGGCCCAUCACCCUGCUCAACCAACGACCCGUCAGCGAAGAUGAACUGCCACCGAUCAACAACACGAACAACAAAACGAACAAGGCCGCCAACCACACGGACGCUGCGCCCGCGCAGACGACAGUUGUCAACAACACCGCCAACGCCAACAACACUAUUGAUAAGAAGAGCAUCAGCGCGCCUAUUGCUGUUACCAAUGGUACAGCAGCGGCGCCCAAAUCGAACAAGACAUCGCCAGCUAAGGACAGUACUAAAGGACAGGACAAUCCGUUCGACGAGGACGAGUGGGACGAGGAGUCGGGCGGCGCGCUGACCGACACGGGCGAGCCCGGCGUGCCCGUGCGCGCGCUCUACGACUACACCGGCGCCGAGAGCGACGAGCUCAGCUUCCGACAAGGGGACUUAUUCGAAAAAUUAGAAGACGAAGAUGAACAAGGCUGGUGCAAGGGUCGGAAGGACGGUCGCGUGGGCCUGUACCCCGCCAACUACGUGGAGCCAGUGGGCCACUAGCCCACGCCGGCGCAUGCGCAGCCCACGCCCACACCCGCGACACGCGACGAACUAUAGUAUGCACUGUGGGCAACGGCACUAGAGGUGAACGAACGCGCUAACUUGUGAAAAAUAAAAAAAUAUUUUGAUGAAUCUAGGAACAAAUUGCACUCUAUGCUUAGAACAAGCAGAUGUUGGCCUUAGCAGAAUUUAAUGUUGUUUACAUAGUCGACUGAUAUUACUACUAGCUGGCAUGUCUGUACGUGCAGUGUAUCGCUCCUGCUUCUCUCGUCUGUAAACGUAUUGGUAUCAUUUAAGAUCCCGUAAAUUUUACCAAUACCCCAUACUAAAGCUUUUAUAAGUAUUAUAUGUACCAUAAAACGUAAAUAUAUAAAAAUAGUUGUAUAUAAAACGGGCCCUUAUGAUAAAAUUAACGUGAACCUUAACUAAGCAGUAUUAAGUACAGUUAUCGAAUGUGUGGGUGAAGUUAGUGGUGUUCAUUCAUUUCUACGGCGCACAGUACGGAGUGUGUUACGAUACAAUUAUGUGAACGCGUGACAGGUUAUAAAAUUGUUCGGUUUUAUAUUCACGAGUCACGAUGUAGUCAUUAUAAUAGUAACAGAUGUUAAGUACAUUCAGAUGUAACGUGUUUACUUCUAUACGAAUAGAUAUAUUUACUUGACACCGUCACUCAACGCAGCAGUCAGCUUUAAUACGUCUUAUGAUAUCAUUCCACUCGACAUCGAACCCCAUACCCCAUGGAUCGAGCUGUUUUUGAUAUAUUUAACAAGACGACUUUCUUACUGAAACAUUUUCGACCUAAAUUUUUGUACGUUUCUAUAAAAACGAAAAAUUCAAAUCAACUUUUUAAUGGUUUUGUUAAAAAUGUAAGUGAGACGGUGUGUAAUAUUUUUGGAUGGAACUCUUUGUAGGUACAAUAUGGAAACCAAAAAUUGUUUAUUUGUAACUUGUAGUCACACUGCGCCGCAUCCACUGUCAAGCGUCAGUCGCGCAGUAUACGCGCAGUCCACGCACGGUACACGCGCAGUAUACGCGCUGUCCACGCACGGUACACGCGCAGUAUACGCGCCGUACCGGGCGACCGCGCGAGCGACUCAGAGGUGUAUCGACUACUUGAUUAGUGGGUAACUAGACUGGCCGGGCGACUGUAUUGUGGAACUAGCAAUAUCGUCCACUCAGGCCAUCAGUUGUAUAUAAAGUGUAUAAAGGCAAUGUCGACCUAUGUAGGUAAAAUCAAACAGUUUCAACACAGAUCGGGUCCCAAAUCGAUUCGUAGACCGUUACGGUAGCCGGUACAUCUCUCAUAAUAUCGAUGAGGAAUUUAGCUAAGCCAAAAAGUGUACGCCAAUAUAAAUAAUUAGAUAACAAAUGAUACGUUUAGGCGGCAAUGGGAUUUAUAUUUUUGUGAUAUAAUGGUACUGGACAGUGGUCGCCACUGCACCUAGUUGUGUUUAUGUACAUACACGAUUAUAAUAUAUCUCGUCGUGCUUAUAGAAUAUUUAUUUCCCAUUGUAUAUAAUGUAAAAUGCAUUAAUAAAUGUAUGUAAGGUGUAACGGGCGGGCGCAGCCGGACUGAGCGAAGGCCUAAUAUUGUGUAGCGCCGCGGUACUUGCAACCCGUGUUCACAGCUGCCGCCCACUCGUUUAGGUUAAAUAAACAGUAACGAUUAUUAAUAUAUUACGAGAAAUGUUUAAUCUUUUCUUUUUCCCUUUUAUACCUCGUUUUAAAUAUUGUUGUAUUGUGUAAUUAUAGCGGGAGUCAUUACGUUAGUCGAGGCUGAGUAUCACUGUCUACUGUCGGUCGCGCUUAGUCCGUAGCUGUUUUGUUUUCGUUGUUAUAGGUUCCGCGACCAUUUGUGAGAAAUUCUUUGUAUUAUAUAAUUAUCAAAGAGGGUGGUUUUGGACCACAUAUGUUAAUAUAUUAUGAAUAUUGGUAAAAUAAAAUUGUUACAUAUGGUA